CGCAACCAAACAACCGGAUAGGGUUUUAGUCCCUCCCUGCUUUCAGUGUAGUUCCGAGUUCGUUCACAAUCACAUUCACACGACCGCUUCGUUCGUUUUCUUUGAUUUUUUGAUUUCCCUCCAACUGCUAUUGUCGUCGAAAUGGCCUCUUUCGCCGCCGUCAGAUCAAUUCUCCGUUAUGCCUCAGCCCGUAGCGCUGCGGCGCGCCUCGCCUCCCGGGGUAGUUCCGCCAAAGUUGCUCCAUUGCCCUUUCGUACCUCUGGCAGCAAAUCCCUAUCUCAACGCACUUUCAGGUACCCUGUUGAAUUGAGCUCUUGUGUGGAUACGCUGCUGCCCUACCACACAGCUACAGCUUCCGCUUUGAUGACUUCGAUGCUCUCCAUUGCUCGCCGUAGUUAUAUUUCGUUUCCCGAAGAUUUUUGAAAUAGUGAUAUCCCUAAAGUGUAAUAGCUGAUGAAAAUUUUCAUAUGAUGUUUGAUGCUUGUUCGAUUGUGAUUGUAAACUAGGGUUGCUAGUGGAUGGUUCUGCUGUUGUUGGACCGUGAUGGACAUGGUGAGGAUGGUAUUUGUUAGAGGAAUUGGAUUAUAUAAACUAUUUUAUUGCAUUUGAUUAUUAGAUAAGAAUAUGAAUUGGUGGCUUGGUGUUUGGAAAGCUUUUCCAUAA